AUGCAAAUUCAUAAGGAAGAGAAAAAGCAGUAUGUCUGUUCUGAAUGUGGCAAAGAUUAUACAAGCCAGAAAAGUCUUGAUAGACACACCAAAAUCCACACUGGAAAAAAACUUCAUUGCUGUUCUGAAUGUGGGAAACGAUUCUUAGGUUUACACUCACUUCAGUGCCACAUCAGAACUCAUACUGGAGAGAAACCUUAUUGUUGUCCUGAAUGUGAUAAGCAGUUCUCACAACAAAGCACCCUACAGAGUCACAUCAGGCUUCACACUGGAGAGAAACCUCACAGUUGCUUGGAAUGUGGCAAACAAUUCUCACGUAUUGGUUCUCUUUAUAUACAUAGGAGAAGUCAUACUGGAGAGAAGCCUUACAGUUGUACUGAAUGUGGUAUGCGAUUCUCAUAUAACAGUUCUCUUCACAAACAUAGAAAAAUUCAUUCUGGUAAGAAACACAGCUGUUCUGACUGUGGCAGGCUUUUCUCAGACCGCGGGACUCUUAAAGAUCACAUGAGAAUUCACUCUGGAGAAAAACCCUAUUGCUGUCCAGAAUGUGGCAAACGAUUCCCACGUCAAACCACACUUAGGUGCCACAGAAUGAUCCACACUGGAGAGAAGCCAUACACCUGCUCUGAAUGUGUCCAGGAGAGCGAGGGGAGCAUCAUGAUGCAUAGCCUUGAGUCUUUACAAUGGUCGAUAAGGCUGAAUGGUGAUAAAAGCCAUGGAGAUAUCCAAGAACAUGAUCAUGACUGUGGUGCCGGCUUUGUCCAAGUUUGUGGACAAGGUGGGCCAACCCUGGACGGGGUGCCAGUCCACUGCAGAGCCACACAUGUGCACCCAUGUCAAGUGUGCGCCAACUGA